UAAAUCCAAAAUCUCAAAAGCCCCAAAACCCUAAAACUCUCUCUCCUUCGUCCUCACCUUCUCCGGCAAAUCUGCCCCCGCCCCCGCCCCCGCCUGCCUCCGCCGUCCGUACUCCCUCCUUCGUGAAUUGUCCGUUGUCCCGGAAGGCGAAUCUAUUUGUUUGGGAUUUGGUUUUCGUGUGUUGUUUUGGUGACUUCGCAACCAUCAGCGGUGGUUCCGGUGGAUUCUCGGAGAUCUGAUAAUUCGGUAGAGUAGACUUGGAUUUAAGAUAAAGGAAAAUGAGCGGAGCAGGAGAGAAAGGGUCACCGACCACAAAAACCCCAGCUGAUUUCCUGAAAUCAAUUCGUGGACGACCAGUUGUCGUUAAACUAAAUUCCGGAGUUGAUUAUAGAGGUAUUCUAGCUUGUCUGGAUGGGUAUAUGAAUAUUGCGAUGGAACAAACGGAGGAGUAUGUCAAUGGGCAGUUGAAAAACAAAUAUGGGGAUGCCUUUAUUCGUGGAAAUAACGUUCUUUACAUCAGUACUUCGAAGAGGACGUUAGCAGAUGGGGCCUAGAAUCGCAAUGUUAUCAAACCAUGGUGAUCAUCUGCCAUCAUUCUCUUCACAACUGUACUGUCAUGCUUUUGGAUUAUCUUGGAUCACAUUGAAAUGGAACUACUCCAACUUGGAUUGAGUACUUGUUAAGCUUUUGUUAUCGAUGCACCCUCUUGUUUAUGAGGGUAGAUAUCAAAUACAUAAUUCUGAAGAGCAAUGUUACACUGUCUCCUGAUGAAUGCUUAUCACAUUUUGCCAUGCCCAUGAUUCUUCUUUUAUGCUUAAAGAACUCUUUCGCAA